CCAGCGCGGGGCUGAAUGGCCGACCCCGACGCGGCCGGUGUGGCGGAGGUUGCUGUUCGGCUCCGCGAGCCCAGGUGACCCGCCCUCCUCCGGCCUGAACCCCUCGGCCCGAGCUCGUGCGGGAGGAGCCGGCCUGUGAGGGGAGCGGAAACCCCGCCGGCCUGAGCUCUUUCCCUGGCAGCCGCGGCUCUUUCCCUGGGACAAUAUGUUCAAGAGAAUGGCGGAAUUUGGACCUGACUCCGGCGGGAGAGUGAAGGGGGUUACCAUCGUUAAGCCAAUAGUUUAUGGUAAUGUUGCCCGGUAUUUUGGAAAGAAGAGAGAAGAAGACGGACACACUCACCAGUGGACAGUGUAUGUAAAGCCAUACAGAAAUGAGGAUAUGUCAGCUUAUGUGAAGAAAAUCCAGUUUAAAUUACAUGAAAGCUAUGGCAAUCCUUUAAGAGUGGUUACUAAGCCUCCAUAUGAAAUCACUGAAACAGGAUGGGGUGAAUUUGAAAUAAUCAUCAAAAUAUUUUUCAUUGACCCUAAUGAAAGACCUGUGACUCUGUAUCACUUACUGAAGCUGUUCCAGUCCGACACCAACGCCAUGUUGGGGAAAAAGACAGUGGUUUCAGAGUUCUACGAUGAAAUGAUAUUUCAAGACCCGACGGCAAUGAUGCAGCAACUGUUAACAACGUCUCGCCAGCUGACGCUGGGAGCCUAUAAGCACGAAACAGAGUUUGCAGAACUUGAAGUGAAAACCAGAGAAAAACUAGAAGCUGCCAAGAAAAAAACAAGCUUUGAGAUUGCAGAGCUUAAGGAGAGAUUGAAAGCGAGUCGUGAGACUAUAAAUUGUUUAAAAAAUGAAAUCAGAAAGCUUGAAGAAGACGAUCAGACAAAAGACAUAUGAGCGGCUGGUACUAAAUCAGCCGCAGAGCAGUGGGCACUGCAGGAGGGACCUGAGGCAGAUGCUUGCUGUCCCUGGGAGGAGCUGCGAGUGUGGUCACCGGCCAUGGCCAUGGCUUUCUCAGUGAGGGCUCCAGGUCCUCGAGCUGUCUUCCCUGGGGACAUCUGUGCUCUGAGACUUGAUGCUGGACAGCAUUCCGUGAUGUUAAGCACAACUUUUAAAGUAUUUGUUUUGUUUUUAAGUUGAACUGUAUGUGUAGUUUAUUUUCUUUCGAGCAGGCUUAAAAAUUCUUUUAUAAAGUCUAACUUGUGCAGGUUUGUACUUCUCUACUGAUUAGAAUUAGUGAUUAGUCUGUGUGUUGAGUUCUUCAGGUCCACAUCCACCCCGUCUACCUCUUUUGUAUAUGAUGUGUCUAGGAAGUAUUUAAUAAAUGUCGUUUACUGCUCCUGUGUCUGCCUCUUGUGACUUCUCCAAUCACUUUACCACCUUGUGUUUUCAAAUAAAUAUUUGCUAUUCUUUGAGAA